CAAGAAUUGAUCCAAACAAGACACUUCAGCUGCAGCCUGAAUCCUGAGGCUUGUGCUCCUUUCCCUUGUAUCAUGAGAGCCUUUUAUUUUACAUACUCAGUCAGCUACAGGUAUUGUGGCUGCCUAUCUUAAACCAAUAACUGGGCAACUAACAAAAAAAAUACCUAAGAAGCCAUGUCAAUGGAAAACAAACAGUACGGUAUUAUGUUAAUAAUAACCAUAAUUCUCAUACAAUUCAAUGUGUAUUUAAUAAUCAAAUUUGUAUAGCCGCCCAUCUCACAAAAAGCGACUAUACUACUUAUUCUUAAAAAAGCAGAGUAUUUUAGGUUGUAAUCUGGUAGUAAUCCUAGUGCGCAUCAAGGGGGGUACCAUGUUAAAAAUUGAAAUACUUGAUUGGUGGGCUCUGAUUUAUUUUGAGAAAAAGUUUUGUUUCUGGGAGAAAAGGAAGUCUUUGACCAAAGGUUAUUCUUAGUGUUCUUUUUCCUAAAGAAGAACUUUUGGUUAAAAUAUUUUGGCUUCUAGGAUUCAGAAGCAUAAAAGUAUAAUAUGUAAGCAUUCUUUUGAGAUUUAUAAGCUAAAAAUCCCUUUAGUUUUUGUUUAAAGGAUAAACCAGUUUGGUGUAGUAGUUAAGAUAUCAGGCUAGAAAAUGAGGAACUCUGAUACCUAGUCCCACCUUGGACAUCAAGCCAGUCACUUCUCUCAGCCCCAGAAAGGAGGCAGUGGCAAACCACUUCUGACAAACCUUGGCAAGAAAACCACAGGGACAUGUCCAGGCACUCUCUGAGAAUUGGACACAAUUGAGUGGAAGUAAAAAUGACCCUUUCAUGUUUAUAAUGCAUUCAUUGAAUGGCAGCAUAAAAUGUGUUGUCUGUCAGCUGCAGUUGAAGUAUCCUUUUCAGGGAUAAACUCCUCAUAUCAGAGAAGGCGAUGGCCAUGGGCAUUCCAGACCCACCCCUCUGCCUCCCUGAAUGUGGCACAGAACUAACCAUAACUAACUAACUUGAGCUGCACUGGUUUGCCAUCCUCAGGAAGACAAAUCCAUUCAAUUGCAGCUCUUCACAUCUUCCAUAUUCACAGGCGAGGCUAUGGGAUGGAGGAGGGGAGUGCAUUGCUUUCCCUCCCCCCUGCACCCCUGCAGUUACAUCUGUUGACCUUUAAAGAGUACAAUACUUUUGUGGAGGUCUCUGUAGCCCUUAGUGCUGGUAAAAGUGGUCUGUCCUUGUUUGCAAAUAGUUGUUUGAUUUUGAUUCAGACAGACUGAGAUAUAAAGAAGAUGACUAGGUGAACCUACAAUUGCGGCCCUUGUUUGCAUUUUCUGGGCAUCAUUUUAUUCUAUUUUGCGGCCUGAGAUUUUCAGGGUGCCAGAUACUAGGCUUCACAACCCAUAAUGACUGGAUUUACACAGCAGGAUAUAUAAACACAAGAUAUACAGAGCUUGAUGAGGCUGGGUUUGUGGACUUGGCCAAUUGAAGGCCUAGAACGCAUUCCAGAUCAAGAUUUGCCCAAGUUUAGUAUUUAAGUUUAAAAUUCUGCAAUCAUAGCAACUCUGUUUUUAAUGUGAUAAAUUUGUAAACUCCAGACAAGAAUUAACUUAAAGAUUCUGCUAAUGCUGUGAUAUAAGUCUGCAGUUGGUUCUUGAAGUGGAAGUCCUGCCUGCUCCCCACCCCAGAGAGAGCUUUCUUCUAAGGGAUUCUCAAUAGCUGCAUUGAGAUUUGUGUCAGCCUAGAUGUAGGAAGGGCAGAAUAGAGACUCUACGCAUCCAAUGCUGGUGCUAAUCCUAACCAGGGUUAGUGUGUACCGGUAUACUUUUAUUACAUCAGUAGCCCAAACUCUUGUUCCUUAACCACUGAAGAUGUGACAAGGAAGACAGAACAUCAGAAAAUACUUAAGAAUAAAAACAUAACCAGCGUGCAAUCUUACAAGUUUCUUUUAUCUAAUUCAGAAAGUAGAAGUAGAGAAUGUGUACUUCAUCUGUUAUUUUUAAUAGCUGAUCUAUAACGCUACAUAUUUAGUAUACCGAAAAUGUUAAAAACCUACUUUAUUCUCUUGAUGGGGUGACUUUCAAAUUCUGGGUGGAAAUAAUUUCUGAUAGUCUACUGAUAGUUCCAGAAGUGUAUUGCUUUGAAUAAUUCAAUAUUUGUAUGAACUUGAAUGUAUACUUAGAACAAUUUGGCAAUUGUACAAAUGAUUUAUUCUAUCAGGAUUUGACUAGCAUGUCUAUGUGUUCGUGGUUUGGGUUCUUAUUUAAAAAAAAUGAUAGUUAAGUGUUAAGUACAGAGAAUCAUCCAUGUCAUUAUGAAACUAAUUGUUCCCCGCUCUAACUUAAGACAACUAAAAUUUAAGGCAAAUAUCCAUUUCUUCUGGAUUAUUUGGUUAUUUUCUUUCUUAAUAGAGUAAUAACUUUCAUGAUCUUGAUAACUAGUUGGCUGUCUCAGUGAUUUUCCAAUUCCUUAGCUUCUUCCCUGUAUCUUUAAGUACCAGAAGGUAGAUACUGAAUGUCUAUAGAAAUUCUUUGGAGGACUGCUUGGCAUCCCAUGAAGCCUCUUCCAGCUUGAGUGUAUGGGACUGUGUCUUUUGGGUACCCUGCAUGGCCUUCCCCCUGGCUUUACUCUGUGAUUGUGUGUCUGUGCGUGUCAAGUGCCUAAAUCGUGUGGGUUGGGGAGGGCAAAGAUUGCUGCGUGUCUUAAGCCUUCUCAACAGUGCACCCUUAAUGCAUAAAUUAUCUGAGAGGCCCUUAAUUAAUAAAAGUGGCAUUUCCACCAGUGGGGUUUAGCUAUUGUAGCUGGGUCUGUCUUUUUUAACUCAAUCUCAAAUAAUAGGGCUCUGGUUAUUUUGCAGAAUGUCUCUGAAGAAUGGACAGCAUUGCCAUGGCUAACUGCAAGCUACAGUUCACAGUGGACAAACGUUGUAGUUUUUCUAUUUACUUUUAUAAAUUUUUACUUUAUAUACUUUGUAGUUUUCAAUCAGUCCUGUAUGAUUGUUAAUUACGAAUGCAGUUUUUAAAAAUUAUUUAAUAGUGUAUAGUUUAAAAAACAUGUUAGUGUUUAUUUUCUUCCAUAAUGCAACCAUUUCUGAAAAUGUCAAUUUCUCAAAAUUUACAGCUGCCCAAGUCCAAAAAGGGGGUAACGAAUUGACCUGAGAAAAUUAAAGAAUUCAGUUAACAGGCGACGGAUGCCCGAGUUGUUAAGGACAUGGCAACAGGAAAAUCAAAAGGAUAUGGCUUUGUUUCUUUCUUCAAUAAAUGGGAUGCAGAAAAUGCAAUUCAACAAAUGGGGGGACAGUGGCUUGGUGGAAGACAAAUCAGGACUAAUUGGGCAACGCGCAAACCUCCAGCUCCAAAGAGUACAUAUGAAUCAAAUGCCAAACAACUCUCCUACGAUGAUGUCGUAAAUCAGUCCAGUCCAAGCAAUUGCACUGUGUAUUGCGGUGGUGUAACUUCAGGCCUGACAGAACAGCUAAUGCGCCAGACGUUUUCCCCGUUUGGGCAGAUAAUGGAAAUCCGAGUCUUUCCAGAUAAAGGGUACUCAUUUGUACGGUUUAAUUCUCAUGAAAGUGCUGCACAUGCCAUUGUUUCAGUCAAUGGCACCACAAUAGAAGGACAUGUGGUGAAAUGCUAUUGGGGUAAAGAGACACCAGACAUGGUCAACCCAAUUCAACAGCAGAAUCAAGUGGGCUAUCCACCCCCUUAUGGGCAGUGGGGCCAGUGGUAUGGAAACGCCCAGCAGAUUGGCCAGUAUAUGCCUAAUGGCUGGCAAGUGCCUGCGUAUGGAAUGUAUGGGCAGGCAUGGAACCAGGGAUUCAGUCAGACACAGCCAUCUGCAGCGUGGAUGGGUGCAAAUUAUGGUGUGCCACCCCCUCCACCGCCCCCCCCACCACCACCCCAGGGGCAAAAUGGAAGUGUUCUAACUAGUCAAACUGGAUAUCGGAUGGCAGGUUUUGAAACACAGUGAGAGACAGAAGGACUCUGGAAUAGAACACCUGUGGCUUUGAGGCUGUAUGGAGCAUUGUAAAAUCCUUUGUUUACUUAAAAAAAAAAAAAUCUAUCCAAUCAAGUCAGUGCAAAAGUCAAACAGUAUUUAUUUUUAAUCAUGAAACUUCGUUGUUGUCCACGCUUUUUUUUUAAAAGACACACAGGAAAUACUAGAUGCUGGAUAUCUGCCAACCUUUGCCUUCUUUUCCUCUUUUGAGAUGUGUUUCUUAAGAUCCAUGUUUGAAACACAACUAAUGCAGGGAUUUCUGCCACUUUUAGUAUAGCGGCAGGAAAUUGCACAAUAUCAAACAUUUUUUUUCCACUGAAGUAGUAUGCAGUCUAGUUUGCAUUCCUAAUAUGACUUAAAUGUACAUGAAAGAAGUUAUACGAGAGAGAAAAGACACGCCAAAACUGUGUGAAUUCUGGGGGUUUAUUGAAAUCUUCAGUUCGUGCAAAGAGAGCCUGAUGUAUAAAGUGUCCAUCUCCUUGCUUUUGUUAUACUGGGAUUUCAAAUAUAACUUAUUCGUUUACAUUAUUUUGUAUCUAAACAUUUUUCGGAAAGUGGUUUUUGCCUUACUGUCACUCUUCAAUGAUGAGGUAGGAGUCAGGCCUUUAAGGGCAAGUGCCUCGUGCUCCGAGAAUCCAGCUCUGGGCUCUGGUCGAUGCCAGGAGGGCCCCGGGGGGGGCGGGAUGCUCCUGUUCAUCGACUCGGAGUCCUCCUUCGCCCAGUUCAGAUCUUCUUAAAAUGUGACACAAUCUUAGGAGCCAGCUUUUUAAAGCCUGUCCGUUUUUACAUUUACAUGUAUCCUUUAUCAUGUCAACUAUUUUAGCAAAUUAAUAUUUUCACAAAAGUCGCUCCGCUUUUGUAUGUCUCCUUUGAAAGAGUAAGAGACAGAGAGAGCUCUACAGGACUUAUGGCUAUAAUUUAAGCUUUGACUUUUGCAUGUGAAUAUCUAAUACACUGUUAGACUUUGAAUAAACAGUCAUGCUCUCAUUUUUCAGAGACAUAGAGAAUACAUUGGUCUUAGCAGCUUUUUACUCACGUGGAGCAAGGCUGACUUGAUUUAGCAGGGACAGAUAGAGCUAUUAAAUUCUAGAGCAUUGUGUGUGUCAAGCCAGGAGAAAAAGGAGUGCUCCAACUGAAGCCUGAAGGACCAACUGGAUAAAACAUUU